AUGAUUAGUAAUUUAGCGCCCGUACGUAUUUACCCCUUGGCCAGUGUUCGCAGCAAUAUUUACAAAGCCAGCCGCACUAGAGCUGCUUCAAUUUCGACCGCAGAGAUUGCGCUGCUGGGAACGCUAAGAGUGGCCCAAAAUUCACAGAUUUUUUCAUAUCCACCAUACGAAGUUUCUCCAGGAUGCGUGGUGUUUGUCGACCGCUGCAAUGCAAGCAGUACACAGGAGGAAUUCAUUCGGUGCCGGCUGUUAAAUCCACAAGCGCCAUGGUUCGACACACAAGUGUGCGUGCUUAUCACUCACUGGCGCUACAUUCAUCACCCGGCGGCUCUCCACAGCCCAAGGGCCGGUGCGCUGGCGUACAUUGAGGUGCUCUCAGCGCCAAUCAUUUUGCCGCGUUCGGAUUAUAUGCUUCCUGAAUAUCAUUACCCGCUUUCUUGGUGGCUCGACCAGCAAGUACAUCCAGAGCUGGACUAUGAAAAGCAAUUUGUAGCAGUAAUAAGGUGUGUGGCUCCUACGAGCGGCAACAAGGCCGCUAAGAUACUUGCAAGCGGGGCAAGCGCAGCUGCUGGAAAGGACCGCCGGCGACAGGGUUUAAUUUCAAUUUCUGGGCGUGUGAGCGCGGUGAGCGCCUUGUCGGCCAUUGGUGACGGCAGCGACGCCUUUGGGUUUAUAAUUGACCUGUCUGUUGAUGCCCUGCCGCCGACCAGCAUGAGUGACGCCGCGGGCACAGUUUCCAUACCGGUUCUUCUCAGCGCACAGCGCUUUCCUGGCAUAUUUGCAGCAUUGUUCAUUGGGGACUUGGUGUUUGCCAGCGACCUGCAGCCCUCAACGCUGAGAACUGGCGAAACCGACGGGGUGCCCAUUUUUACUGCAUCGCCGACAUCGCUGGUCUUUAGAAUCAACGAUUUUGACGCGUUAGAGGAUAGCCAAAUGUAUAUUUCCCGACAGUCACAAUCUGCAUUCACGCAAAGCUCGCAAGAGUCACUGCUAUCGCAGAUUGCACUUGGCCAGGCUGCACCAAUGACCGCGGCAACCACGCCCAAGAGCCAACCCGGUGCUGUGGUACACUUGGACGACAGGCAUCUCCUGGCGCACCAGGACAAGCUUGAGAGCUACGAGGGCGAAAUCACGAAGAUGCUGGAUCUGACUUUGGGCAUCUACGUCAUCGACGGCUGCCACAUACUUGUGCUUGCAUACUGGCCUCAAUUCUCACCGCUGGUAGUUCUUCGGCCAGGCACGCGCGUGCUGUUGGAUAACAUGCAUGUGGUUCUACUUAAAAACAGCAGCAGCUACCGCUGGAGCUGGCUCAAGCACAUUUGGCCCGACAGAUCAGGGCCCCAGGCCCUGCCAACCGACCAGCAGCAGGCUCUGGUGUUUGGUGCGUGUGCCCGGUCCUCCGUCCACAUCACAGACUUUGCGCCCGGCAGUGAUCCCGGGUUGGCGCAAAUAUUCCUCGACAGUGACCUGGCCUUUGCCCUGGCCAAGCGCGCGGGCGGAUUGGCGCGGUUUCUUGAAACCGCAGAGGCGUUCUGGAAGCUGAGCAAGAAGUUUCCCAGCGGACCGCUGUCAACCAAAGGAAGCGGUUCCGAUGCUGCAAAGCAGAUUCUGAGCAUGGCCCUGGUUUGGACCGGCGCGACAAGCAGCGCUCGGCGCAAUCCCAACACUGAGUUCCUCGCCCAUAGCAAGCACUGCCAAUCCAGCCGCACGGGCGCCGCAAUGAGAGUAGUCACGCUGGGCAACGUUCUCCGCCGACUCGGGCUAUUCCGGGAUAUACAGAUGCAAAGCAGGCAACCGGCGAGAGGUGAGGCAAGGCUGUCCCCGGAGGUGCAGGUGCAGGCAUCCAGCAUUUACCCGGCAGAUCUGCUGCUCCAGUCAACGCCCCUGGUUGGGCGCAUUGUGCUGGGCGACCGAGGCGAGGUUUUUCUGUGGGACAGCACCGGGUACAUGCGCGUUCAUCCCAGCUGCAUUUCGGGGUCAAGACCAUUGCGAGGAGCUGCAGAGCCGCAUUCGCCGCUGUUUUCUGGCCAACACCUCAUUGGUCAUUUGUACUCGUGGAACAACUGGCGCUUUUCUAUCGAGACGAUUGAUGUUGCUGCUAUCAACAAGACCAGCGGCGCGGGCAUGCAGCAGUUGCCGGAUUUCGGGCUUGUCUAUGCGGCCAUUUCAAGCCCAACAAUCAUGUACGCCGAUCCGAACUUUGGCGGAGCGACCAAUUUGCAGCUGCCAAUGCAGUCUGUCAGCGAGAGAAUCGGUGGCAACGGCGAGCCUGAGAAAACGAUCUGCUUUGUGAUGUAUGUUCACUGGCAGGGCGCAGUGGCACCGGUGCUGGACUCGCCAUCAAUCGGAUCCACAGGGCAGUCUGCUGAUAGCCACUCCCCGUGGCCAUCGCGGGCUUGCGUCAAGGGCAUGGCGCUGAGUAUUCGACAUGAUCAUUUCCAUCAGCAGCUGAGGAACGCGCCGGACGGGCGGCCGGAAAUCGACCUUGCCUUGACGCGCAACGGUGAUCCAGGCCAGCACCAGAUGGAGCACUGCACCGUGCACUUUUCGCCCAGAAAACUGCCAGUGCAAUUCUCUCCCGGGAGCGCAUACGUGGUGUGCCUCCAUGACCGCUCUUCUAUGCGUUACAUGCACGGUGGCCAGGCAGGCAGCAGCAUGGUUGUAGUUCGAAUGGGCCUACUCGACCACAUACAUCCGGUGCAGCUCUUCUCAAACGGCCAGCGCAUUGGUGCCAGCCAGCCGUAUAUUGCCAAGGCGCUUGCAAUCCCCACCGUUCACAUUGAGCAUGACAGCGCUAGUGGCAGCAGUAUUGUCGAGCGAUUGCAGGCGCCGCGCGUUUUUUCGGUGCGAGAGGUCAACGAAGCAACAGUUGCUGGCCGAGAUUCGGAGUACGCAGCGCCGGGAAGCCUGAUAUCUGUUUGUGGAAUUGUACUCCAGCGAGAGGUCAAACGAGUAGUUUUGUUUUCUAGGCACAAAUCCAGCGCCGACAGUAGCAGCAAUGUCGGCAGCAACAGUGACGACAAUGCCAACAGCGGGGAUCCUGUGGCCGGGCUUUUUGAAAACUGCAUCACUUUGCGCGACAAGGACGACAUUGUAUGUACCAUCUCUCUGUAUAUAAAGCUAUCGAGUUACACGCACCCCGUCGGACUGCUUCCUGGUGCCGGCGUUAUAUUUCAAAACGUCACUGUUGGCGCCGCCAAAACCACGGGGCAUCGAUACUUGUCUUCGACAUUUGCGACGAGCAUUGUGCCUGUCUCUGCACAGUCGACGCCAUCAGCGAAUCCAGUCGACAUACAGUCCAAUGAGCUUGAAGACGGCACACACGCGGUCAGAUUGUGCAUAGGGCAGCUUACAGGCUGGUCGAGUGGCGACCAGGCACAGCGGCGGUUUGUGCUAAGCUGCAGAGUCACAAAUGUCGAGAGCCUGAGCGUUUUUAUGGAGUGCACAGCGUGUGGGCAGACGGUCUGCGGCCUAAGCUGCUCGUGCUUCAGCAAGCAGCAUCGUAUGAUUGACAGGCAGUCACCAGACACGGCCUAUUUGAGCGACAGCACCACGGCACAGCCCCGAAUCGAGUUGGCGUGCCGGGUGUCUGACGGAAGCGGGAUAGCGCGGGUGGUCACCAGCAGCGCGCUGAACACGAUCAGUAUGAUUGGGUUGACAUCGGGGGACGUGGAGGAGCUGUACCAGACAGCCGCGCAAUCGUGGAACGGCCAACUCCUCUGGAAUGCGCCGGCACAUUCCGCAUGGCAUUAUCAAGAUAGCAAUGCGCAUGGUGGUGACGAUAGCAGUGAUCCCAUUGGUCGGAUGCUUGGCCAGGCGGGUGCUGCGGCCAUUUGCGUUGAGGGGUUUGUCGCCGGACAGCGCGGACGAAAGCGCCCGGAAGGGCGCCAGAUGGUGCGCAUUAACGGACACGACAUGGUGUUCAAAAAACACGCUGUGCCCAGGAUCAGCGCACUCCGUGUAACGCGCUUGGAUGUCGCCGAGCAAAGCUGGUUUCUUCUUGAUGGCAUUUAA